AUGAAAACAUGUCCUCUCAUCAACACCCUCUGGAAGGACGUUUUUACCCACAUCGCUUCUCGGGACAUUUUCAUUCCAACGAAUGAAUAUCUAUUCUAUCUCAGUUCUAUUAUACGCAACAAUGACUCUCUGAUAUACCGACACUAUCUCCCUCAUUCCACCCAUACAAUUACCUGCCGUGUCGACCUUAUCGAUGCAAUGGAGGAUGCAGCCCAGGAGCCGUACACAACCCUAUCCAAUCUGCCUAAUUUCAUCGGCUUUCGCAAAUGUUUUCCAAAUAUCACACACAUUUCUCUUGAAAUUGGGUACCGCGUUCGACGUGGAUUCUUCAGUCGCAUAAUGUCUCAACAUCAAAUUGUCCGGACCCGAAUAUCCAUAGCGCUUGACCAAGCAACGAAGCAGCUCAGUGCCUUACCUGUGGACUGGGAAAUCGCUGCUUACGACCCGGCACCCGAUUUUAUCCAUGGCGAAUUUGCCGACCCUAAUUGGAGAAUGUUUCUGAGAGACGCCAUUUGUGCUAUGGCCCCUGCCGCAUUGCGCAAAUGUGUUGCGGUAAUCCCUGUGGAGGACAUUCUAUCGCGUUCGACGUAUCUAAAUUGCAUCCGACGAUUUUCUGGCCAUGAUGUCUACACAGAGACGAAGGGCGAUGUACGAAGCAUAAAUUAUCGCUUCGGGAAGGCAGUCCGACGACCAUCUGGUAAGACUAUCUCUUUCUUCUGUUUACCCAAAAAUCUCAUUGUUACUGAGGUUUACGGACGUUCUUUGCAGGAAGUGUAUGAAGAUAUGAAGUACAUGCUCGAAGACGAUACUACGCGCGAACGGUCGUAUUGGGACAGCCUUGUAUCUAUUAGUAUGAAGAGACAAAGUCAAAGGAAUAACUGAGGCUUCCAUGCGAUUUAUUCAGUCUGGCUCAGUCAAAAACAAUCCCGCAGCAAGAGUGCGUCGAGCUGGGCAGUAAUGCUACGUCGCGAAGA